AUGAUUUUUUUUUCAGAAACUGGAAAGCGAUCUACCGGUUCAACAUCAAUCGAAUGUAAAUCUGAAGGUGAAUUCAGAUGUCAAAAUGGGGAAUGUAUCAGUGAGGAAAAGAAAUGUAAUAGAAAAUAUGAUUGUGCUGAUGGAUCAGAUGAAACAAUUUGUGAAUAUUAUCUUGCUGUAAAAAAAUAUCAUGAAGAACAUGGUCAACAACAAAAUCGUCGAGAAGAGCCAACUACAACUACAACUACAACUACAACCACAACAACUACUACUACAACAACAGAAGCACCAAGAAGGUCACAAAAAUUAGAAGGACAAACUGAUGAAAUUGUUUGCACAGAUCAAGAGUUUAUGUAAGUUGGAUUUCAGCAAAGCAAAUAUUUAUUUUUUGGAACGUUUUAAAAUUGAUUGUUGAAAUUGGAUAUUCGCCACGCGGUUUCUUGUGAAAUAAUUUUGAUAUUAUAUUUGAAUUCUCCACAUAUGUUUUCGGCUUCUAAAUUUUUUAGAUUUUUAAUUUCCACCUGCUACCAUUUAAUUCAAAAUGUUGAUAUGGUCACGUUUUUGUGUGUCGGAUUAGAAUCUUGAGAAUCCCAUUUUUCAGGUGCCCAUACCUUUCAACUGUAAAAUGUGUGUUCUAUGAUAAACUUUGCGAUGGAAUUGAUGAUUGUGGAGAUAUGUCAGAUGAAGCUGAUUGUGAUUCAAAUGAAGCUGGUGGUUCCACAACUCAAGCUUCUCCAACUCGAGCUCCGCCAACUCACGCUUCUCCAGAAGUUCAAAGACAACAUUCUGAACCAGCUUCUUAUCAUUCAUCUGGAAAUCGAUUCCAACCACUGGGACUUCACUCAUCUGGAUCUGGAUCAAGAUCUCAUUAUACUCCACAUCAACAAGUUCAACAACAACCACAACCACAAAAUGGAAGAUGUUCGGCUGCAGAAUUCGAAUGUAAGAGAGAUUCAAAAUGUAUUGAUAAAUCAUUGGAAUGUAAUCGGAAAUAUGAUUGUGCUGAUGGAUCGGAUGAGACUGAAUGUGGUAAGAUUUUGGGGGAAUUUUUUUGAAAUCUGAAUAAUUUUCAUUUCAGACAUAAAGUUAAGAAAUUUUUGAAUUUCUGUUUCCAGAACUUUUUUUCUUAAACUCUAAAACAUUUGACCUCACUAGAUUUUUUGAUUUUCAAGAUUUUGACCACACGAGAUCCAUUUUUCAAAUUUCCCAAAAACAAUAAUAAAAAUUUAUUACUAAACGUGACCUACUUUUGAUUGUAAUUGACAGGAAAUGUUAAUUAAAUAAGAAAUUAAAAUUUAUUUUUGGGUUUUGCGAAAUAAAAAAAUGGUUUGAAAGUGAGUUGAUCGAAACACAAAAAAAUAAAUCAAAAAAUAAUUUUAGAAUACUUCAAAGCUGCGAUGGCUCAAAGAGAUGCAGAAGCCACAACUGUUUCGACAACAUCCACCCAAUCUUCUCAUCAUCAUCACCAACAAUCUCAUCCAGCUCAACCUUCAUCAGAUGCUCAAUAUCACGAAGCUCGCCGUUUGGCUGAAGAAGAACAUCGUCGUCGAACUGAAGAAUAUCAUCGUCAACUUCAACAACAUCAACAACAACAGCAACAAGCAAAUUAUGAAACAAGUAAUGAAGUAUCAUUUCAAGAUGAAUAUUCGGCUGAUGAUAAUUCAGAUGGUUGUUUGGAGCAUGAAUUCCAAUGUGCAAUUGGAGAAUGUAUUGACAAGUUAGUUGAAGAAACAUUUUAUCGAAAUUAAAAUAAUUGAACAUUUGUAAUUUAUAAACUCAAAAUUUUCAUUUCCUACAUUUUGAAAAAUUCUGAGAGAAAUUAUUCCUACAAAGUUUGACAUGAGCAAUUCUAUUUUUCAAAUAAAAAGAAAAAUAUGGGCAGUGCCAAUUUUUGUAAAUUAAAAAAUAAAACUUUUAUUUCAACUAAACCCAAUUUUUUUCUAUAAAUUUGAACAUUUUCCAGACGUCGUGUUUGUGAUACUCGUCCAGAUUGUCUUGAUGCUUCAGAUGAAAGAAAUUGCGCAGAUCGAGCUCAACCACAUCAUAUUCAACUUCCUCAAAGUUAG